AUGGGGGUUCAAGCUCCAACCGACCAAAACUCUUCCGUCCCCGUCUCCAGCAAUAUAGACGAGCGACCCGAGAAGCAAUCACAGAUAGAUGAACAACUAAAGAGGCAGAAGGAAAUAGAUGAUUGGCUUCCAAUCACUUCUUCAAGGAAUGCAAAAUGGUGGUACUCAGCUUUCCACAAUGUCACUGCCAUGGUUGGAGCUGGUGUUCUCAGUCUCCCUUAUGCCAUGUCCAAUCUUGGAUGGGGUCCUGGUACUGUUAUUCUGGUACUGUCAUGGGUGAUCACCUUGUUCACUCUAUGGCAAAUGGUUGAGAUGCAUGAAAUGGUUCCUGGAAAGAGGUUUGAUAGGUACCAUGAGCUGGGUCAACAUGCCUUUGGUGAAAAGCUUGGACUUUGGAUUGUGGUGCCCCAACAGCUGAUAUGCGAGGUUGGUGUGGAUAUUGUGUAUAUGGUCACAGGUGGAAAAUCCCUGCAGAAGAUCCACAACAUAGCUCGCAAAGACAAAGACCCAAUCAAACUCACCUACUUCAUCAUGAUCUUUGCCUCUGCUCACUUUGUGCUCGCCCAUCUCCCCAACUUUAACUCCAUCUCUGGUGUUUCAUUAGCUGCAGCAGUCAUGUCAUUAAGUUACUCUACUAUUGCAUGGACGGCUUCAGUCCACAAGGGUGUUCAGCCAGAUGUAGAAUACGGGUAUUUAGCUCCGAGCACAUCGGGAACGGUCUUCAACUUCUUCACUGCCUUGGGUGACGUAGCUUUUGCCUAUGCAGGCCAUAAUGUGGUCUUGGAGAUCCAAGCAACAAUCCCUUCUUCUCCAGAGAAGCCAUCGAAGAAGCCUAUGUGGAGAGGAGUAGUGAUCGCCUAUAUAGUCGUGGCCUUAUGCUACUUUCCAGUUGCUUUCAUUGGAUAUUACAUUUUUGGCAACAAAGUUGAGGACAACAUCCUCAUCUCCUUGGAGAAACCUGAAUGGCUUAUCAUAACAGCAAACAUGUUUGUUGUCAUCCAUGUCAUUGGGAGUUAUCAGCUAUAUGCAAUGCCAGUAUUUGACAUGAUAGAAACCUUGUUGGUAAAGAAACUCCAUUUUAGACCCACUACAAUGCUUCGCUUCAUUUCCCGGAACACUUAUGUCGCAUUCACAAUGUUCGUUGGCAUUACUUUUCCCUUCUUUGGUGGUCUUCUAGGAUUCUUUGGAGGAUUUGCCUUUUCCCCAACAACAUACUUUCUCCCUUGCGUUAUAUGGCUUAUCAUCAAGAAACCAAGGAAGUUUAGCCUGUCUUGGUUUGUUAACUGGAUUUGCAUUACACUGGGUGUUCUGUUGAUGGUCCUAUCACCCAUUGGAGGGUUAAGGAAUAUCAUACUUCAAGCCAAGAACUACAAAUUCUACGAUUAA